AGAAACCCGAAGUCGCACGAGCAACCGAAACGAACUUCGGCUGGCUAGAUUGCUGCUGCGGGUAGCUUUGUGUUGCUCGCUGGACGCUGGCGCUGCUUUCAUUCGCAAAUUGCUCGUCGUUGGAAACGGUUGUAUCGAGCAGCAAAAGCGCGCGAAAAAUCAUAAUCACAAUUUAAAUAAAUCAAGCGAAAGAAAGCUUAAGAGAGAGAGAUAGCCAACAGCAACACAUGUUCAAUAGCAAAUAAUAGCAAUUAUUUUUGUUGGUGCCAGUGAAGUGAGAUCUAAGUGAAGUGUGUGCAAUGUUCCUUAUUAGCAAAUCGUAGAGCAACCAACAAUCGAGAGUUCAAGUGUCAUUCUGAAGCCAAAAAGCAAACAAAAUCUCUAAUUCUAAAAUGGUUUGUGCAAUGCAAGAGCAGCAGCAGCAGCAACAGCAGCAGACGUCGCAGCAGACGCCACAGCAACAUGCCACAACGAUAGUGUUGCUGACGGGCAAUGGCGGCGGCAAUUUGCACAUUGUGGCCGCACCGCAGCAGCACCAGCAAAUGCAGCAGCAACAUCAGCAUCAGCAGCAGCUGCAGGUCAAGAGCCAACAGCUGAAGCAGCAGCACUCGGCUUUGGUCAAAUUGCUGGAGUCGGCGCCCAUCAGCAAGCAACAGCAGACGCCCAAACAAAUCAUUUACCUGCAACAACAACAGCAGCAGCAGCAACAGCAGCAGCAACCGCAACGCAAAAGACUGAAAAACGAAGCAGCAAUCGUACAACAGCAACAGCAAACACCUGCAACAUUAGUAAAGACAACCACCAACAGCAACACCAGCAAAAACACGCAGACAACAAAUAGUAUUAGUCAGCAGCAGCAGCAGAUUGUGUUGCUGCUGCAACAUCAGCAGCAGCCACAGCCACAACCUGCAACACCAAAGCCAUGUGCCGAUCUGAGCGCCAAAAAUGACAGCGAAUCGGGCAUCGACGAGGACUGCCCCAACAGCGAUGAGGAUUGCCCAGCCGCCGCCACUACGUUGUCUCUGGAAGACAGCGGCAGCAGCUACGAGCAGUAUCAGUGCCCUUGGAAAAAGAUCCGUUAUGCGCGGGAACUCAAGCAGCGGGAACUGGAGCAGCAGCAGACCACCACCACCAUCGCCAGCCAAGAGCAGCAACAGCUUCAGGAGCAACCACUAGAUGUGAAACCCACUGUUAUGCCCAAUGGCAACAUCAAGCAGCUGCACUGUGAUAGUCCCUUUUCCGCGCAAACACACAAGGAGAUCGCCAAUCUCCUCCGUCAGCAAUCCCAGCAGUCCCAGCAGCAGCAACAUCAGUUGCAGCAGCAGCAGCAACAACAGCUGCAGCAGCAGCAGCAGCGAAGGGAUAGCUCUGAUAGCAACUGCUCGCUGAUGAGCAACUCGAGCAACUCCAGUGCGGGCAAUUGUUGCACCUGCAACAGCGGCAGCAGCAGCGAUGAACAGCAGCUGGACGAGAUGGAGGAGGCGCAGGACUCGGGCUGCGACGAUGAGCUGUGCGAGCAGCAUCAUCAGCGACUGGACUCCUCGCAGCUGAACUACCUGUGCCAGAAGUUCGAUGAGAACCUGGACACGGCGCUGAGCAAUAGCAGCAGCAGUGCCAAUAAUGCGGAGAGAAAUACGCCAGCCACACUAUCAGCCACCGAAGAUGCAGAUGGCUUCUUUCGACGCUCCAUCCAGCAAAAGAUCCAGUAUCGGCCCUGCACCAAAAAUCAACAGUGCAGCAUUCUGCGCAUCAAUCGCAAUCGCUGUCAAUAUUGCCGCCUGAAAAAAUGCAUUGCCGUUGGCAUGAGUCGCGAUGCUGUGCGUUUUGGACGCGUGCCGAAGCGCGAGAAGGCGCGCAUUUUGGCCGCCAUGCAGCAGAGCACCCAGAAUCGCGGCCAGCAGCGUGCAUUAGCCACCGAGCUGGAUGACCAGCCACGCCUACUCGCUGCCGUGCUGCGCGCCCACCUCGAGACCUGCGAGUUUACCAAGGAGAAGGUCUCGGCGAUGCGGCAAAGGGCGCGCGAUUGCCCCUCCUACUCGAUGCCCACAUUGCUGGCCUGCCCCCUGAACCCCGCCCCUGAACUGCAAUCGGAGCAGGAGUUCUCGCAGAGAUUCGCCCAUGUGAUCCGCGGCGUUAUUGACUUUGCUGGCAUGAUACCCGGCUUCCAGCUGCUCACCCAGGACGAUAAGUUCACGCUCCUGAAGGCGGGUCUCUUUGAUGCUUUGUUCGUGCGUUUGAUUUGCAUGUUUGACUCGUCAAUCAACUCGAUCAUAUGCCUCAAUGGCCAGGUAAUGCGGCGCGAUGCCAUCCAGAAUGGAGCCAAUGCCCGUUUCCUGGUGGAUUCCACCUUCAACUUUGCCGAGCGCAUGAACUCGAUGAACCUGACGGAUGCGGAGAUUGGUCUCUUCUGCGCCAUUGUGCUGAUCACACCAGAUCGUCCUGGUCUGCGCAACCUGGAGCUCAUCGAGAAGAUGUACUCGCGGCUCAAGGGCUGCCUGCAGUAUAUUGUGGCCCAGAAUAGGCCCGAUCAGCCCGAGUUCUUGGCCAAGCUGCUGGAAACCAUGCCCGAUCUGCGCACUCUGAGCACCCUGCACACCGAGAAACUGGUUGUGUUCCGCACCGAGCACAAGGAGCUCCUUCGCCAGCAGAUGUGGUCCAUGGAGGAUGGCAAUAACAGCGAUGGCCAGCAGAAUAAGUCGCCCACCGGCAGCUGGGCCGAUGCCAUGGAUGUGGAGGCAGCCAAGAGUCCGCUGGGUUCGGUUUCUAGUAGUGAAUCAGCGGAUUUGGAUUAUGGCAGUCCGAGCAGCUCGCAGCCACAGAGCGUGGGCGUGGCCCUGCCGUCGCCACCCCAGCAACAGCAGCAGCAACAGCCCUCGGCUUUGGCCAGCUCGGCUCCCCUGCUGGCGGCCACCCUUUCCGGCGGAUGUCCGCUUAGGAAUAGAGCCAACUCCGGAUCGAGUGGUGAUUCCGGGGCAGCUGACAUGGAUAUUGUUGGCUCGCAUGCACAUCUCACCCAGAAUGGGCUGACAAUCACGCCGAUUGUGCGACACCACCAACAGCAGCAGCAGCAGCAACAGUCGCACCAGCAACUCCAGCAGCAGCAGCAGCAACUCCACCCGCAGCAGCAGCAGCAGAUGCACCACCAGCAACACCCACAGCUCCACCAUCACUUGACCGCCGGAGCCGCUCGUUACCGGAAGCUGGACUCGCCCACAGAUUCGGGCAUUGAGUCGGGCAACGAGAAGAACGAAUGCAAGGCCGUCAGUUCCGGCGGCAGCUCCUCCUGCUCAAGCCCCCGGUCCAGUGUGGAUGAUGCCUUGGACUGCAGUGAUGCCGCCGCCCAGGCUCAGGCCCAGGUGGUGCAGCAUCCGCAGCUGAGUGUGGUAACCGUGUCGCCGGUUCGUUCGCCCCAGCCCUCGAGCAGUGGCCAUCUCAAGCGACAGAUCGUGGAGGAUAUGCCAGUGCUGAAGCGCGUGCUGCAGGCUCCGCCGCUGUAUGACACCAACUCGCUGAUGGACGAAGCCUACAAGCCGCACAAGAAGUUCCGUGCACUGAGGCAUCGCGAGUUCGAGACCGCCGAGGCCGAUGCCAGCAGCUCCACUUCCGGUUCAAACAGCCUGAGUGCUGUGAGUCCCCGCCAGAGUCCGGUGCCGAAUAGUGUGGCCACGCCUCCACCCUCGGUGACUCCGGCUACCCUGGGGAAUCCCGCCCAGAGCCAGCUGCACAUGCACCUGACCCGCAGCAGCCCGAAGGCCUCGAUGGCCAGCUCGCACUCGGUCUUGGCCAAGUCUCUGAUGGCCGAGCCUCGGAUGACGCCCGAGCAGAUGAAGCGCAGCGACAUUAUCCAGAAUUAUUUGAAGCGCGAGAACAGCACGGCGGCCAGCAGCACCACCAAUGGUGUGGGUAAUCGCAGUCCCAGCAGCAGCUCCACGCCGCCACCGGCGCCACAGCAACAGCAGCAGCGGUGGGGCAGCAGCUCGGUGAUUACCACCACCUGCCAGCAGCGCCAGCAGUCCGUGUCACCGCACAGCAACGGCUCCAGCUCCAGCUCAAGCUCUAGCUCCAGCUCCAGUUCGUCCUCCUCCUCCACAUCCUCCAACUGCAGCUCAAGCUCCGCCGGCAGCUGUCAGUAUUUCCAGUCGCCGCACUCCACCAGCAAUGGCUCCAGUGCCCCGGCGAGUUCCAGCUCGGGCUCGAAUCCCACACCCCUUUUGGAGCUCCAAGUGGACAUUGCCGACUCGGCGCAGCCGCUGAAUCUGUCCAAGAAAUCGCCAACGCCGCCGCCCAGCAAGCUGCACGCUCUGGUGGCCGCCGCCAAUGCCGUUCAGCGUUAUCCCACACUCUCCGCCGAUGUGACAGUGACGGCCUCCAAUGGAGGUCCUCCAUCGGCGGCGGCGAGUCCUGCUCCGAGCAGCAGUCCGCCGGCGAGCGUGGGUUCCCCCAAUCCGGGACUGACCACCACAGUGCACAAGGUCAUGCUGGAGGCGUAAAGGGGUGGUGAAGAGAGUGGGAGAGACAGAGACUGGGAGUGGUGAAGACAGUUCAGCGCAGGAGGAGAAGGAUCUGCAGGAUCGGCAGGAGUUGAGUUAAAUUAUUUUACCUUUUAAUUGAGCCGUGUACAAAGUUUCAAAGCAAAAACAAAACAAAAAAAACCAACAUGCAUGCAAUUUAAAAACUAAUAUUUAAAGCAACAACAAACAAAAGAACUACAAGUUAUUAAUUUAAAAAGAAAGAAAACAAAAAACAAGCUUGAAUGGUAUUACAAAAGAAAAAGAAAAACAAAAAAACAUAAAAUAUAUAUUUUAACAGUUAAACAUUUAACGUAGCAAGCAAACCAACCAGCAAACAAAUGAAACACAAGGCAGCCGCCCCUUUUUGCAUUAACUUUUCCUUCAGCUGCAACAAGCCCCCACGCCCCCGCCCCCUCUAUCGACCCCCCCUCUGAUUGUUUUAUAAGUUUUAAGCUCUUGUUGUACAUAUUAAUUAUGUUUAAAAAUUUAAACUAUGUUUAGUUCUUUAGUUCGUAGGCUGAGCAAAAACUACUUUGCUUUUUUGUGGAUGUUUUUUGAAAAAACUGCAAAUUAUUAUUAUUAUGAUUAUGAUUAUUAUUAAAUUAAAAACAAAGAAAAAAAAAACCUAAAAACAAAACAAAAAUGUGUGUGAAAUUUUUUAUUGUGCGAUCUCCGGAGCAGAAUUGAAGUGCAGUUUGCAACAAAUUUUAACUACGAUUAAGUUGAGAACGAUUCAUUUUUUAUGAAUUUAACUAAUUUUAUGAAUUUGUUAUAGUUUUCCACCCUCCCCUCCCCCUAUAUAUCUAUGCAUAUAUCUUUCUAUCUAUCAGAUUAGCUAUCCUUCCUUAUUUCUCCUUUGGCACAAAGCUCUUUUUCUAUGCUAAAGAAAUCAAGUGGAAUGAAUAUUGUUUUCUAAUUUUAAAAAAACUACCACAAAACAAAAAAUACAACAAAAAGUAAACUUGAAAAUAAAUGAAAAUCAAACAAAAUGCUUAAAGUUUUAGCAGCGAAGAGAAGCAGAGGAACCCAACGUUAAAUAUAUUUGUUGUGUACAUAGUUAAAUGUUAAAUUAAACAAAGAAAUAAGAAAGCAUAUUUAAAGUACAUAUAAAUACACAUAAAUAUUAAUGAGAAGAAAACCUAAUGCUUAAAGAUUCAACGUUUGAUUGGCAUCUUAGAAAACCAAGCGAAAAAUACAAAAAAAAAAAAAGAAUCAACAAACAAACAGAAAUUAUGAUAUAUUAUUUAAAAAAAAAACGUAACGUAUACAUUUAUUAUUAAUGAAAGAAACAAAAAAGAGAAAACUUGCGGUAGCAAAAAAACUAUUACAUUAAUUACCUUUUAAUUACGCUGUACUAUUAUGAUUAUUA